AUGGGCCUACAGAUCACACAGGGGCCCGGCCAGGGGGCUUUUUUCCUGAAAUCUUGGCUUCUCAUUUCCCUGGGGCUCUCCUCACAAGUGUCAAAAUUCCUGGCGUGCCCCAGUGUGUGUCGCUGUGACAGGAGCUUCGUCUACUGCAACGAGCGAAGCUUGACCUCAGUGCCUCUUGGGAUCCCGGAGGGCGUCACUGUACUCUACCUCCAUAACAACCAAAUUAAUAAUGCUGGGUUUCCUGCAGAAUUGCACAGCAUUCAGUCUGUGCACACCGUCUACCUUUACGGCAACCAACUGGACGAAUUCCCCAUGAACCUCCCCAAGAACGUCCGCGUCCUCCACCUGCAGGAAAACAACAUUCAGACCAUUUCCCGGGCGGCCCUGGCCCAGCUCCUGAAGCUGGAAGAGCUGCAUCUGGACGAUAACUCCAUCUCCACCGUGGGUGUGGAAGACGGGGCCUUCCGCGAGGCCCUGAGCCUCAAGCUGCUGUUCCUGUCCAAGAACCACCUGAGCAGCGUCCCGGUGGGCCUUCCCGUGGACCUGCAGGAGCUGCGCGUGGACGAGAACCGCAUCGCCGUCAUCUCAGACAUGGCCUUCCAGAACCUCACGAGCUUGGAGCGGCUGAUCGUGGACGGGAACCUCCUGACCAACAAGGGCAUCGCCGAGGGCACCUUCGGCCACCUCACCAAGCUCAAGGAAUUCUCUAUCGUCCGGAACUCGCUCUCCCGCCCGCCUCCUGACCUCCCGGGUGCGCACCUGGUCAGGCUCUACCUGCAGGAUAACCAGAUCAGCCACAUCCCUUUGACGGCCUUCUCCAACCUCCGGAAGCUGGAACGACUGGACAUCUCCAACAACCAGCUGCGCGUGUUGACUCAAGGGGUCUUUGACAACCUCUCCAAUCUGAAGCAGCUCACCGCUCGGAACAACCCUUGGUUCUGUGACUGCAGCAUUAAAUGGGUCACGGAGUGGCUCAGACACAUCCCCGCCUCGCUCAACGUGCGAGGUUUCAUGUGCCAAGGUCCCGAGCAAGUCAGGGGCAUGGCCGUGCGGGAGCUGAAUAUGAAUCUGUUGUCCUGCCCCACCACGACCCCCGGCCUGCCUCCCCUCACGCCAGCCCCGAGUUCAGCUUCUCCCGUGACUCAGCCCCCCACGUUCUCCGCCCCGAUCCCCAGCAGAAGCUACACACCCCUGAGUCCCACAGCAUCCAAGCCUCCCACGAUUCCCGACUGGGACGGCAGAGAAAGGGUGACCCCGCCGCUUUCCGAACGGAUCCAACUCUCCAUCCAUUUCGUGAAUGACACGUCCAUCCAAGUCAGCUGGCUGUCUCUCUUCACUGUGAUGGCUUACAAGCUCACGUGGGUGAAAAUGGGCCACAGUUUGGUGGGGGGCAUCGUCCAGGAGCGCAUCGUCAGCGGGGAGAAGCAGCAUCUGAGCCUGGUUAAUCUGGAACCCAGAUCCACCUACCGGAUUUGUUUGGUACCCCUGGAUGCGUUCAACUACCGGGCUGUGGAAGACACGGUGUGCUCGGAGGCCACCACCCACGACUCCUCUGUGAACAAUGGCAGCAACACGGCUUCCAGCCACGAGCAGACGACUUCGCACAGCAUGGGCUCCCCCUUCCUGCUGGCCGGCCUGAUAGGGGGCGCCGUGAUCUUUGUGCUCGUGGUCCUGCUCAGCGUGUUUUGCUGGCAUAUGCACAGAAGGGGGCGCUACACCUCCCAGAAGUGGAAAUACAACCGAGGCCGGCGGAAAGACGACUACUGCGAGGCGGGUACCAAGAAGGACAAUUCCAUCCUGGAGAUGACGGAGACCAGCUUCCAGAUCGUCUCCUUAAAUAACGAUCAGCUCCUUAAAGGAGAUUUCAGACUGCAGCCCAUCUACACCCCAAAUGGGGGCAUUAACUACACAGACUGCCACAUCCCCAACAACAUGCGAUACUGCAACAGCAGUGUACCAGACCUGGAGCACUGCCAUACGUGA